CACCCCACCUCCAUUGCUGUCAUGUCUAAGUCAGAGUCUCCCAAAGAACCCGAACAGCUGCGGAAGCUCUUCAUCGGAGGAUUGGGCUUUGAAACAACUGACGAGGAUCUGAGGAGCCAUUUUGAGCAAUGGGGAAUGCUCACAGACUGUGUGGUAAUGAGGGAUCCAAACACCAAGUGCUCCAGAGGCUUCGGGUUUGUCACAUACGCCACGGUGGAGGAGGUGAAUGGAAGGUCACACAAGGUGGAUGGAAGAGUUGUGGGACCAAAGAGGGCCUUCCUAAGACAGCAUUCUCAAAGACCUGGUGCCCACUUACCUGUGAAAAAGGUUUUUGUUGGUGGCAUUAAAGAAGACACUGAAGAACAUCACCUGAGAGAUUAUUUUGAACAGUAUGGGAAAAUUGAAGUGACUGAAAUCGUGACUGACCAAGGCAGUGGCAAAAAGAGAGGCGUUGCUUUUGUAACCUUUGAUGACCACGACUCCGUAGACAAGAUUGUCAUUCAGAAAUACCACACAGUGAAUGGCCACAACUGUGAAGUGAGAAAAGCCCUGUCUAAGCAAGAGAUGGCGAGCGCUUCAUCCAGCCAGAGAGGUCGAAGUGGUUCUGGAAUAUUUGGUGGCGGUCGUGGAGGUAGGUUGGGUGGGAGUGAGAACUUUGGUCGUGGAGGAAACUGCAGUGGUCGAGGUGGCUUUGGUGGCAGCCGUGGUGGUGGCGGAUAUGGUGGCAAUGGGGAUGGUUAUAAUGGAUUUGGUAAUGAUGGAAGCAAUUUUGGAGGUGGUGGAAGCCACAGUGAUUUUGGCAGUUACAACAAUCAAUCUUCAAAGUUUGGACCCAUGAAAGGAGGAAACUUUGGAGGCAGAAGUUCUGGCCCCUGUGGUGGUGGAGGCCAAUACUUUGCUAAACUAUGAAACCAAGGUGGCUCCGGUGGUUCCAGCAGCAGCAGUCGCUAUGGCAGUGGCAGAAGGUUUUAAUUACUGCCCCGAAACAGAGCUCAGCAGGAGACGAGAGCCGGAGAAGUGACGGGAAGCUCCAGGUUGCAAGAGAUUUGUGAGCUCAGCCAAGCACAGCGGUGGCAGGGCCCAGCUGCUACGAAGAAGACAUGCUUUAGACAAUACUCAUGUGUAUGGGCAAAAAACUCGAAGACUGUACUUGUGACUAAUUGUAUGGCAGGUUAUUUUAGUUUCUGUUCUGUGGAAAGUAUAAACCAUUCCAACAAAAGG